UCAAAUAUCAUUCCUCUCUCUCUCUCUCUCUCUCUCUCUCUCUCUCUCUCUCUCUCUCACAAUGGAGAAAGCUUUAGCAACUCCUGACAACACUAUAUCUCUUUCACCGUCGUGCUCAGCCACCGUGAAAUCACCUGCCGCUGGUUUUGAACGCAGAACCAAAAGGAAAUUGUCGCAGAUUAAGACAAGCGUGUGUGUGUCCGGUGAAGAAGAAGAUGAAGAAGAAGAGGUAAAGGAGAAGAUUGAGGUGUUGCAGAGGAUUAUUCCAGGAGGAACGGCGCUUGGUGUAGACGCGCUAUUUGAAGAGACAGCUGGUUACAUAAUGUCUCUACAAUGUCAGAUAAAAACCAUUAAAGUCCUCACUUCAUUUCUCCAACGUUUAGAUAAACAAGAUAUGAAGUUCGGAGGCUGAAGAUGACACCAAGAUUGUUCUUCUUCUCCUUUCUUUCGAUUAAGAAAGUGUUUUAUUUAAUUUCAUUUUAACUCCUUUUCGAUAUGGCUUUUAGCUUUGAUAUAUGAGGAAAGAGAUCUGAGUUUUUUUUCGUCGAAAUCUUUCUCUUUCAGUAAGACAAAAUCAAAGUACUGAUUAAUUUAACCCGGUUCGUAGUAA